AUGAAUAGACAAAAUGAUCCUUUUGCAACGGAGACCCCACCAUCGCACCCUCAUCCCCACCGCUUUUCGUCCUUCGAUACCCAGCUUUUCGCCUUGAAUCAUCCAUCAUCGUCUCCUGCGCAAGCGAAGAGGGCAUUGGAGGCUCACAUGGCAGAGACGGACCGGAGGAUUCAGGAAACCUCAAAGCUCGGCACGACGCUGGUGCAGCAGCGAGUGAAUUUGGCACAACGACUACGGGAUGUGGGAUCGCAAGAGGAGGAGGCCCAUAUCAGUCCUGAGUUACGGCAGAAGCUGAUCGAGAUUGAGAGAGAAUACAAUGAAGUUGGACGACAAAGUGCUAGGGCAUUCCUGGGUCCCAAGUCGGAAGCAGUCGGAGAGGGAUCGAAUACCCCCUUUGCCUUGGAUGGCAGGGCAAGUUCUACUUUCCAGGUCAGGCCGGUUGCGUGCUGA